GUUUCUUCUUCCCCAUUUUGGUCUUAUAUUUCUUUCUUUGAUGUUAAGUUAGCUUUCUCCCUCAUCUGACUUUUCUUCUUCACCAUUUUCUUCCUUCCUCUUCACAGCUACAACUACUUUGUGUUAUCUUAUCACAAAACAAAACUUCAGAGUCUUCCAUUGAUGGAGACAACGACUUCUUCAAGCGUUUCAGAUUUUGACACAAACCCAAAUUCCAAUUCUAAUUCUAGUUCAUCUCCACAUACUUCAAAUUCAACAGCCUUUGGAGUUAAUCUAUCUCCUCUUCGGGUUUUCAGAUACCCACUUUCUACUUUCCUUGAAUAUUCCGGUUUGCUCCGGGUCCGACCCGAAAACCCAGAAACCGAUUUGCUCCUUCCUGACAAUCCUACUCCCAACUCUUCUGAAUCAACUACUUCUAGUAAUGGGGAAGUUUCAAUUAGGAUAAUUGGCUCUGGAGAGAAUGAUCGGGUUAGGAGUGAUGAUGGGUCGGUGAUGGAUGGUGGGGAAAGAGAGGAAGAGAGGGGUUCGAAUGUGGAAGGGUCUACUUCUUCUGGGAGUGGGAAUAAUAGGGAUUCUUCAUAUCAAAGGUAUGAUAUACAACAGGUUGCAAGGUGGAUUGAACAGUUUCUUCCAUUUUCUUUGCUACUCUUGGUUGUUUUCAUCCGCCAACACUUGCAAGGUUUCUUUGUCAUAAUUUGGAUUACGGCCUUCAUGUUCAGGUCAAAUGACAUUCUUCGAAAGCAGACUGCUUUAAAGGGGGAGAGAAAGAUCACUGUCCUUCUUGGUUAUUUUCUGGUGUUUAUGCUUCAUAUUAGUGGAAUCUACUGGUGGAAUCGCAAGGAUGAUAUAUUUUAUCCGUUACUUAUGGUUCCUCCUAAGGUUAUCCCACCUUUCUGGCAUGCUAUUUUCAUCAUCCUGGUAAACGAUACAAUGGUGCGGCAGGCAGCAAUGACUUUGAAGUUGGUGCUGCUUAUGGUUUACAAGAAUGGCAGGGGCCACAAUUUCCGCAGACAGGGCCAAUUGCUGACUCUGGUGGAGUAUAUGCUGCUCCUAUACCGUGCACUAUUACCAACUGCUGUCUGGUAUAGGUUUUUUCUCAACAAAGAUUAUGGAAGCCUUUUUUCAUCACUGAUAACAGGAUUGUACUUGACGUUUAAGCUUACAUCAAUCGUUGAGAAGGUUCGGUCGUUCCUUACUGCUUUGAAGGCACUGUCGAUUAAGGAAAUCCAUUACGGGUCACAUGCCACACCUGAACAGGUAAAUGCAGCUGGUGAUCUAUGUGCUAUUUGCCAAGAGAAGAUGAAUACACCAAUUUUAUUGUGCUGCAAACACAUCUUUUGUGAAGACUGUGUCUCAGAAUGGUUUGAAAGAGAGAGAACUUGUCCUUUGUGUAGAGCCUUGGUCAGACCUGCUGAUCUAAGAUCUUUUGGAGAUGGAUCAACUAGCCUUUUAUUCCAGUUAUUCUAAUAUUGACGUUACACCUCUGUUACCAUUUUGAAAGAAAGAAAUGUCCAUGUUACAACAAGCGAAUGUCUUCCUCUACUAGUAGCAUUUCUCCUCAACUUGGUCAGUUACCGAGUUAUAACCUCACCUGAUUCUGUGGGUUGCCCUGUUAAGGUUGCCUGCCAUGAAGAUGUGUAAAAAGGAGCUUCUUUGAGGAUUUAGUGGGAUGAGAGGAGUUGGUACAAUAUAAGUACAUAUUGUGCUUCAUUUUUUUUUUAUAUAGGGAAAAAACGUCCAUGUAAAGUUAAUGUAAUUCACAGAAUUUAACCACAAUGUUUAAAAUUGCUUCCUUUCAGGCCUGUACUGAUCCACAUUAACAUUUCAAUUCGACAGAAAUUAAUACCCUAGUAUAUUCCGUGUAGUCCACAGCUGCUAAUAAAAAUGAAGUAUGUGUUGAGCCAGUG